UAAGCGUGAUAUAUUUGUAAUAUGUAAAACUGUACAUAUAUUGCGUUUUGCUUUGUUUUUAAUUAUUAUCUGAGUCACAGUUAUGUGUUUAUUACUGGGUGCGACGGGCGUCGGAAAGACCCUGCUUGUAAAACAACUGCAGAAUAUCCUGAUUUAGCGAGCUAGCUAGCUGACUAGCCGGUUAACUAGCAGUGUUUCGAUAGACCUGAUUAUCGUGUUUAUGUCUUUAUAUCCUAAAAAAAAAAGAUAAUGAGCAUUUUGCUAAAGGUACAGCUGUGUCAGAGGGGUGAGCCAGCUGCUUUAGGAGAACCACCUGCUACUCUGCCUACAGUGGGCACUAACCUGACUGACCUGACACUGAAGAAGAGAAGCGUGACUGUCAGAGAGUUAGGAGGCUGCAUGGGCCCUAUAUGGCCCAGCUACUUUAGAGACUGCACAUCUGUUAUUUUCAUGAUAGACUCUGCCAACAUCACACAGAUUUCCUCCUCGUGCAUCCAGCUGCUCAGCGUUCUCUUGGCCGAGCCACUCCAUUCCGCCUCUGUCCUUGUGCUGUUCAAUAAGAGUGAUCUUGCAUGCACUAUGUCACCAGUGGAAAUAAAAUCACUCUUUAGGAUGGAUGACAUCAUUGCCUCUGCUUCCCAAUCGAUCACAGUUUUGGAGCUCAGUGCUCGUUCUGGAAAGGGCCUUCAGGAAGUGCUCAACUGGCUGGACGUGACUCACCCUGACUGACCCAGACAGCACACAGGUCAAAAGGCAAAUCAUAGAAAAUACUGACACUUUCUCACUCACUCAUUCUCUAUACCACUUACCCUGUACAGGGUUGCGGGAGGACUGAAGUCUAUAUCAGGGGACUAAGGUGAGCAUUAGGUGAGUUACGCCUUGGAUAGAGAGCAAGUCAGUUGCAGGGCACAAGCACACACACGCACUCACUCAUUUACUAUGGGCAAUUUGGAAACGGCAAUUUGCCUAAUCUGCAUGUCUUUGGAAUGUGGGAGGAAACCAAAGUACCCAGAGGAAACCCACCAAGCACAAACUCCAUGCACACACUGAGGCGGUGCAAGACCACAGUGAUCAAACCUGUCUACGACUUUGUUUCGUUCUUGUUCACAUUGUUUACCGAUUGACUGACCUCUGCCUGUUUAUUGAUUUCUGUUUUUGAUUACACGCGUUUGAUUUGAUUGCCAGUGUUAAGUACAUUUAACAAAAUACCCUCUUUUAACUACAA